GCCCUGUCUGAGGCGGGACCCUUCUGAAAACCCCUGGCCCGCCCGGCCCGUGAGCAACACUCCAGCUGCAGCCCCUGCGCACACACUUAGUAUCUAGCCUUCCGAACGCUCCCCACAGCUACCACACGUGUUCAGAAUGGCCAACAGGGGACCUGCAUACGGCCUGAGCCGGGAGGUACAACAGAAGAUUGAGAAACAGUAUGACGCUGACCUGGAGCAGAUCCUGAUCCAGUGGAUCACCACCCAGUGCCGCAAGGACGUGGGCCGGCCCCAGCCUGGGCGGGAGAACUUCCAGAACUGGCUCAAGGAUGGCACGGUGCUGUGCGAGCUCAUCAAUGGACUGUACCCCGAGGGCCAGGCCCCCGUGAAGAAGAUCCAGGCCUCCACCAUGGCUUUCAAGCAGAUGGAGACCAUUCUGGAAAAGCCUUCUGCCAGGUCUUGCCGUGGCUUACUGCUUUAUCACCUUCAGGGCUUUGUCAUCUUUCCUGAUACUUUAUUUAAAGUUGCACCCUCCACCCUCGGCCUAUACCCCAUCCUCUCCCCUAGUUUCGCUUAUGACACCCCAGGUUCCCUGGAUUGA